AUGGAAGUCAGCGAGAUCAACCCUUUUCCGAUAGCCUUUGCAGAUGCCUACACACCUCCCUCCUUCCUCCCCAACCAGCUCUCAAAUCCUAAGACUUUCCUCCUCAAUAUUGCGAUUCUGCACCUCGACGUGUCAAAAGGCCGACAAGCUCGCCUCGGCAUGUCUUCUGAGAUCGUGAAAUCCGCAUGGGAAGUAAUCCCGAUGUUUCAAUCACGCUCUAUCCCUCGCACAAUUCAAUUCUACACCGAGAAAUUGGGGUUCGAACUUGCCAGCGUAAACCCCGAGGAAGGCUCAUCCGAGCAGACAUUUUGCUCCUUAUUCAGUGGCAGAAAGGCAGACGCCAACUUCUACUUCUCAAAAGCAACAACUGGGGAUUUCACCCCGUCACAGGCGAUGAUUGCCCUAGGGACAUCGCAGUUGGAUGAGUAUUACGAUUAUCUGAGGCCUCUCGAUGAUGUUGAUAUGGCGGAAGAUGCCAAGGAUACACCGUAG